UCCAACCUGAGGAGCAGCCAGCCAGCCAGCGCGAGCUGCUCGUACUAUGGGAGAUUAAACGCUGGUCGAGGGGGCCAAAAUUCGCACGCUGAGGGGUUUUCGGCGACCUGGGACGAAGAGGAUAUAUAUCUAUAUUGAGGGGCGACACUUUUGACAAGGAGUUUAUCACGUUGAGCCAAAGAAAUAGCGAAAAAAUGCGAAUAACGGAGAGUUGCCCAGAUUUUCCAAAUCCCUCAGCGCAACGGACAACAGCAGAAACAACAUCCAUGUUACUCACUGCUGCGAUCAUAAAGGAUGCUUUUUCUUCAGAAGCCUUCUCCGUUUAGCUUGUUUUCACGUGGCAUAUGAACGUUUAGCCACGAAAAGCUCAAGGUUUGAAGGCUUGAAAGCACACCAGCAGUGUAUUUGAGCAGCCAGCUGAAUGUUUACGCUUUAAAAUGGCUGCGGACGGGAUCAGAAUAAGACCGUUGAAUAAUAUGAUGCUUUAAAGCUGGAAAUACCCCAUCUCUUGAGUUAUGGUAAUGAUCUGGGAGGAAAGGUUUUUUCAAUGUUAUGGGGAAUUAUUUUCCAGCCCUGUAACUGCAGGAGGUAACGUAGGAAAUUCCUGCUCUUGUUCAGAAACACAAUGAGGCGAGACAGUUGAUUAAAUAUGCCUGUGUUUAUGCUGAUUUUAUCUUAUCACGCUCGGAUCUGGAGGUUUUCCUUUAAACGAUUGCCUAGAUUUCGGGAUACUAUCGCUGAUGUUUAGGGAAUAUGCAUGAUCUAUAAGUGAACGGUUUCCCCUGCUGUUAUAAUUGAAACAAUCUGGCCACCAGUAAGCAGGGAAGAAAGGCCCUAAGAUAUUGAUACCCAAUUCAACAGUUCUGCAUCCUUAAACCAUGAAUGCCGGGAAGAGGAUGCUCAGACCUGAGCUGUUUCUGGUCAGACAGAGACUGCAGGGCAUGCAGAGAUAUUUAUGGCUAUGUGUGAUGUUCUCCCUGGUGCUGAUAUCAGACUGCUCUCCAUCUAAACCCUGUGAGAAGAACUGUCUGUCAGGCAGGUGUGUGAACGGAUCUUGUGUCUGUGAUCGUGGAUGGGUUGGUGACCAAUGCCAACACUGCCAGGGAAGAUUCAAGUUGACCGAGCCGUCCGGGUACCUAACAGAUGGCCCCAUCAACUACAAGUACAAAACAAAGUGCACCUGGCUGAUUGAGGGCUACCCAAACGCAGUCCUGAGGUUACGGUUUAACCAUUUUGCGACCGAAUGUAGCUGGGACCACAUGUACGUCUAUGAUGGAGACUCUAUUUAUGCUCCCUUAGUUGCUGUCUUAAGUGGACUCAUUGUCCCCGAACUGAAAGGGAACGAGACCGUCCCUGAAGUGGAGACCAACUCAGGCUACGCACUCCUGCACUUUUUUAGCGACGCUGCCUACAACCUGACGGGAUUUGAAAUCUUCUACUCAAUCAACUCAUGUCCAAAUAACUGCUCUAGCCACGGGAAGUGCUCCUCGGGGAACUCAAUAGCGAGCCGUGUGUAUUGUGAAUGCGAUAAGUACUGGAAGGGUGAGGCCUGUGACAUCCCGUACUGCAGGAACAACUGUGGCAGCCCCGAUCACGGCUACUGUGACCUCACAGGGGAAAAGCUGUGCGUGUGCAAUGACAGCUGGCAAGGUCCAGACUGCUCGCUAACAGUGCCCUCCACGGAGUCUUACUGGAUCAUGCCCACAGUCAAGCCUUUUGGAGCAUCGCUUGGAAGAGCAUCCCAUAAGACGGUUGUGCAGGAAAAGGUCAUGUGGGUCGUCGGUGGCUACACGUUUAACUACAGCAACUUUCAGAUGAUUCUAAAUUAUAAUCUGGAAAGUGGCAUCUGGAAUACUGUACCCAUCAGUAGCGGACCCCUGCCGAGAUAUGGACACUCCUUGGCACUAUAUCGGGAUGACAUCUAUAUGUUUGGAGGGAAGUUGGAGAUGGGUGCCAGUAACGUAACAGAUGAGCUGUGGGUGUUCAACAUACCCGUCAUGACGUGGUCGCAGAAGUUCCCCAGUGUGCCAGCCCAUGGGCAGGUCUACGCUGUGGAAGGCCACUCCGCCCAUAUGGUCGAGCUGGAUAACGGCGAUGUGGUGAUGGUGGUCAUCUUCGGCUACUCCUCCAUCUACAGCUACAUCAGCAAUGUUCAGGAGUACAACAUCAGGACGAACACUUGGCUGGUGCCAGAGACUAGAGGAGCAAUCGCUCAGGGUGGUUAUGGCCAUAGCAGUGUGUACGACAGCGGUAGCAAGAGCGUGUACGUCCACGGAGGCUACAAAUCUCUCCCAGCAAACAAAUAUGGCCUGGUGGAUGAUCUUUACCGCUAUGAGGUUCAGACCCGCACCUGGACGAUUCUUAGGGAAAGCGGUUACCCACGUUACCUGCAUUCGUCUGUGCUGCUGGGAGGAACUCUACUCAUCUUUGGAGGAAAUACCCAUAAUGACACGUCUCUUAGCAAUGGAGCCAAGUGCUUCUCUGCUGACUUUCUCGCCUAUGACAUUGCGUGUGACGAGUGGAAGGUCCUUCCCAAACCAAACUUGCACAGAGACGUGAAUCGCUUUGGACAUACAGCAGUAACCAGUAAUGGAUCCAUGUAUGUGUUUGGGGGGUUCUCUAGCGUCCUUCUGAAUGACGUACUGAUCUACAGGCCGCCCAGCUGUGAGGCUUUCCUGGGUCAGGAGCGUUGUGAGGCUGCAGGCCCUGGCGUGCGCUGCGUUUGGAAAGGGGGCCGCUGCGUGUCCUGGGAGCCCAGCUUCACUAACAGUGCUACACCUGCUCCAUUCUGCCCUGCCAAAGCUGCCACGGUGGAUGAGAGAUGUUACCGCUUCUCAGACUGCACCAGCUGUACCGCCAACACUAAUGGAUGUCAGUGGUGUGACAGCAAGAAAUGCAUCUCAGCUCUCAGUAACUGCACUGCUACUGUAAAGAAUUUCACCAACUGUCCAAUCAGGAAUGAGCAGAUUUGCAGUAAGAUGGCCAACUGCAAGAGCUGCUCUCUCAACCUCAGCUGCCAAUGGGAUCCUCAGCAGCAGGAAUGCCACACCCUUCCUGCCCAGCUGUGUGGAGACGGUUGGAGCAAUGUUGGGGAGGCCUGUCUUCAGAUCAAUUCCAGCAGGGAGAGCUAUGACAAUGCUCAGCACUACUGCAAGAACCUGGAGGGAAACAUCGCCUCCCUUACCACAGCCAAGCAGGUGGACUUUGUGCUGGACGAACUACAGAAGUACCUGCUGAAGGGAAAGAAACUGUCCCCGUGGGUUGGCCUGAGGAAGAUCAACGUGUCAUACUGGGGCUGGGAGGACAUGUCUUCAUUCACUAACACCUCUCUGCAGUGGCUGCCCGGUGAGCCCAAUGACUCAGGCUUCUGUGCUUACCUGGAAAGAGCUCAGGUGUCUGGCCUCAGGGCCAAUCCCUGCACAGCCAACACAGACGGCCUCAUCUGUGAGAAACCAGUCGUGAGCCCGAAUCAGAACGCCCGCCCUUGUAAGAUGCCCUGCUCUCUGCGCACCACCUGUGAGAACUGCACCAGCCAGGCCAUGGAGUGCAUGUGGUGUGGAAGCACCAAACGCUGUGUGGACUCCAAUGCCUACGUCAUCUCCUUUCCCUACGGCCAGUGUCUGGAGUGGCAGACAGGAGACUGUUUGUCUCAGAACUGCUCUGGUUUGCGUACAUGUGGUCUGUGUUUGGAGCAGCCUGACUGCGGCUGGUGUGGAGACCCUAGUAACACCGGCCGAGGGCAGUGCAUGGAGGGUUCGUAUCGCGGACCCAUGAAGAGCCCCUCCAAACAAAGCCAAGACAUGGUCCUGGAGACGGGGCUCUGUCCAAAAGAGCGUGGCUUUGAGUGGGCCUUCAUCCAGUGCCCCGCAUGCCAGUGUAAUGGUCACAGUACAUGUGUGAACAGCAGCGUGUGCGAGCAGUGCCGUAACCUCACCACCGGCCUUCACUGCGAAACGUGCUUGCCUGGUUACCACGGAGACCCAACCAAUGGCGGAAAGUGCCAAGCCUGUAAAUGUAAUGGCCAUGCCAACGUGUGCCAGGUGCUGACGGGGAAAUGCUUUUGUACCACCAAGGGUAUCAAAGGCGACCAAUGCCAGCUUUGUGAUUCAGAAAACCGUUAUCUUGGCAACCCUCUUCGUGGAACCUGUUACUAUAACUUGCUGAUUGAUUACCAGUUCACCUUCAGUCUUCUUCAAGAAGAUGACCAGCACUACACUGCCAUUAACUUCAUGGCCACCCCUGAACAGACCAGCAAGAACUUGGACAUGUCCAUUAAUGCCUCAAACAAUUUCAAUCUGAACAUCACUUGGUCAGUUGGGUCAACAGCUGGGACCAUCUCCGGGGAAGAGAUCCCCAUCGUGUCCAAGACUAACAUCAAAGAGUACAGAGACAGUUUCUCUUGUGAGAAAUUCAGUUUUCACAGCAACCCCAACAUAACCUUCUAUGUGUAUGUCAGCAACUUCUCAUGGCCAAUCAAAAUACAGAUCGCCUUCUCUCAGCACAACAGCAUUAUGGACCUGGUGCAGUUCUUUGUGACAUUUUUCAGCUGUUUUCUGUCCCUUUUGCUGGUAGCUGCAGUGGUGUGGAAGAUCAAACAGACCUGCUGGGCCUCCAGGCGACGAGAGGUAUGUCACAAAACAGAAGAGACUUAAAGCGCUUCUCAUUAC